UGGUCUCGGGCAUGAGAAGGGCCGUGGCAGCGGGUGUCCCGGGGGGACCAUGGAGCUGUGGAGGCCCCGGCAGCGGGACGUGAAGAGCAAGAAGCCUCCGCGCCGCGCAUACAGCAUCUACCGCAACGCCGAGCGGGACGGGGAGCCCGGCCCGGAGGAGCUCCCGAUGAGAGCCAUGGGGGCGGACGGCCCCACGCCACGCUCGGACCGCGGUGGCGGGGCGCGGGCCGGGCAGGCGGCAGGAAGGCGGCGGAGGGCGCCGUGGAAGCCCGUGGCGUACGCGGGGCUGGUGGGGCUCCUGCUCUUCAUCGGAGGGUUCCUCCUGGGGCACGUGUUGUCCCGGGGGGCGGCCUGCGCGGCGUGUGGACACGUCUUGUCGGUGGCGAACGACGAGGGCACGUACGAGGAGGAGGAGGGCCAGCGGGCGCCCCCCAAGUACUGGGCGGAGCUGCGGGAGAUGUUCCAGAAGUACCUCAAGGAGGAGAAGAUCGAGGAGACCAUUCGGAAGAUGAGCGAGGGCCCGCACCCCCCCGGCUCGGCCCGCCUCGACACCCUCUCCCGGCUCGUCUUCGGCGCCCUCUCCUCCUUCGGCCUGGACCACAGCUGGACGGACAGCCACUACGUGGGACUGCAGCGCCCCAGCCGGCAGCAGCCCAGCUUCCUGCACCGGGUGGACGCCCACGGCCUCGUGCUGGAGAAGCUGCCCCUGGGGGACCCCGCGGUCUACUGCCCCUACAGCGCCUCCGCCACCGUCACGGGCAACCUGGUGUUCGCCAACUACGGGCGGCGCGAGGACUUUGCCGUCCUGAGGCAGCGCGGCGUCGGCCCCCAGGGGCAGCUGGUCCUUGUCCGGGCCGGGGAGAUCAGCUACGCCGAGAAGGUAGCCAACGCCGAGGCUGCCCACGCCAGAGGUGUCCUCAUCUACCCAGACCCCUAUGACUUCCCGCAAGACCCCCGAAACCUGGGCCUGUCUCCGAACACGAGCAUUUAUGGGCACGUCCACAUGGGGGCCGGAGACCCCUACAGCCCCGGCUUCCCGUCCUUCAACCACACCCAGUUCCCCCCAGUGCAGUCCUCCGGCCUCCCCACCAUCCCCGCUCUCCCCAUCAGCGCGGAGGCGGCUGCCCGCCUGCUCAGGCGCCUGGCGGGCCCCGCGGCCCCACCGGGCUGGGAGGGGCGCCUCCCGGGGGUCCCGUACCAGCUUGGCCCGGGGGAGCCCGGGCUCAGGCUGCAGCUGGGCGUCCGGAGCAUGAAGCGGUCGGUGAUGGUCAGCAACAUCUUCGGCUGCAUCGAGGGGAGAUUUGAGCCAGAUGUUUACCUCAUUGUGGGGGCCCAGCGGGAUUCCCUGGGACCGGGAGCGGCCCGCUCGGGCGUGGGCACGGCCAUCCUGCUGGAGCUGGCCCGCACGUUUGCGGCCAUGGUGCAAAACGGGUUCCAGCUCCGGAGAAGUUUGCUCUUUGUGAGCUGGGAUGCCGGGGAUUUUGGCAGCGUGGGCUCCACCGAAUGGCUGGAGGGCUACCUCACGAUGCUGCACCUCAAGGCGGCCGCGUACAUCAGCCUGGACAACGCCGUCCUGGGAGACGACAAGUUCCUGGCCAAGACCAGCCCAGUCCUGAUUAGCCUCAUCGAAAGCGUCAUCAGACAAGUGGACAGCCCCAACCGCAGCGGCCAGAGCAUUUUCGACCAGAUGACAGAGCAAGGCCAGCGCUGGGAGAACGAGGUCAUCCACCCCCUCCCCAUGGACAGCAGCGCCUUCGCCUUCACCUCCUUUGGGGGCGUCCCUGCCGUGGAGUUCUCCUUCACAGAGGCCUCCCGCCCCUACCCCUUCCUCAACACCAUGCUGGACACCUACAGCAACCUCAACCGCGCCCUCCACGGGCGCCUGCCCGCCGUGGCCAAGACCGUGGCCGAGGUGGUGGGGCACCUGCUCAUCAAGCUCACCUACGACCACCUGCUGCCGCUCGACUACUGGUGCUACGGGGACGUCCUGCUGCAGCACAUCGCCCAGCUCAGCGAAUACAGCACCCAGCUGAAGGUGGGGCCCUGGGCCGCGGGGGGCCGCGCUUUCGGGGAGCCCGGGGGAGGCGAAGCGCGGGCUGAGCGUGGCCGGGGCCCUGCAGCCACCGGGAGCCCGAGGGAGCCCCGCCGCCUUCCUGCCAGGGUUCAGGCCGCUUCCCGGGACUGGCUAGUUGCCGAGCGGGGCUAA